GUGAGCAGUAACUCAUAUGCUCUGUAUUUGUUUUAUUUUAUUAUUCUUUUGUUUUUCCUGGUGUGGAUUGGCCAACGUAAAAGUAUUGAGCAAGCAUAAGAUUCUUGUGAACAUUAUGUCGUAAUAGGCACCCGUCGUGUGUUUUUUCCCCCUUCAAAUUAUAUUGAACGUUUAGGCAUACGAACCCAAUAGAACUAAUGAGCUCGAAUUUUCAGCCAUCGCACGUUAUUCAUCUUCCUAUUACUAUUGACGACAAAGGAGGGUUAUCCAAAAGCGGCGACUUUGAUGAAGUGCGUGAGAAGAUGCAUUUGGCUAUUUCAAUGAGUAGAACCAAUAUGUUGGACACCGUUCUCGAUGAAUUCAGAGUGGCCUACUUGAGUCUCUCAUGCGAAGAUCGUAAGAAGCUAUUGCUUAUCUUGGCCAAAGAGUAUUACAUCGACAGGAUUUAUGUCCGAGAACUCAUUGAUCAGUACGUCAAACUCAAGAUCAUUAGCCGGACAGAAACACCUACAACGGUUCUCGAUGGCCCUUUGAAUCGCAUUCGGUGGAGUCUUGGACACGCCCUCAGGCCAACAUAUACCGUGCUUUUCGAGAGGCUAAACCGACGCAAUGAAGGGACGAAAUUUUUAGGCACUCUCCAAUGCGACAUUCUAUUAAUGCUUAGGUAA